CCCCAGACAGCAAAGCCAUCGUGGACGGGAACCUGAAGCUGAUCCUGGGGCUGAUCUGGACGCUCAUCCUGCACUACUCCAUCUCCAUGCCCAUGUGGGACGAGGAGGAUGAGGAGGAGGCCAAGCGCCAGACGCCGAAGCAGCGGCUGCUGGGCUGGAUCCAGAACCGGCUGCCGCAGCUGCCCAUCACCAACUUCAGCAAGGACUGGCAGAGCGGGCGCGCCCUGGGGGCCCUGGUGGACAGCUGUGCGCCAGGGCUGUGUCCCGACUGGGACUCGUGGAACCCGAGCCGCCCCGUGGAGAACGCGCGCGAGGCCAUGCAGCAGGCCGAGGAGUGGCUGGGCAUCCCGCAG